AAGCCGCGCGGGGAAGCGGAUCCGCCGCCGUGUUUCUCCAGAACUGCGCGUGGAUUUUCGUGACACCGGGAAUUCUUCGCCCUAGAAACAAAAUCGGACUUUUUCAAUUUUUACUUAUUUUACUUUAGGGAAUAUAUUUUAGGAUUUGGGAGCACUGUGUGUGUAAUUAAAGCUAUUGGGUAAGUGCGCGCGGUGUAUGUCCGUGCGUACUCGUGGCCAUGCUGGAGGAAAAGAAGGCCCCCGGUUCUCUGCAGCAGGGGACCGGCAGCAGCAGCCCCGGUGACCCGGUGCGCCGCGUUGCAUUGCUAUCAGAGCCCUGCGGCCCUUCUCCUGCUCCACGGACCCUAACGAGCCCCUUGCUUGGGGGGCUCCACAGGAGCUCCUUGCUGCUUGGCCAGCAGGCUGCCUCCUUGCGGCUGGCUCAGCUGAAAGCCCAGCUGGCAGUGACGCAGAUAAACAACGCCCUCGCUGUUGGCAGCCGAGUCGCGACCUUGGCGUCCAACUCGCCUGCUGCCUAUAUUCCCGCAAUACCCCCCUCCCCAACCGCUGCGGCCAUCAACCUCCUUAACCUUCUGAAGAUCGCAAACACCAUGUCCCAUCCCCUCUAUAACCCCUAUGCCUCUGGGAACCAGAUACCCCCCCAGGGGCAGUAUGGACUCUCCAGUGGACACGCAGAGAGGGACCCUCGGACAGCAUCUCGACUUGGACCUGGGUCCAGCUUCGACUCCUCUGGAACUUCUUCUGUGACUUCUAGCAGCUCUGGGAGAGUACCUCCAUCUCAGCUGCCUCAGCUGAUGAGCUACAGGCCUGAACAGAGUAGGACCAUAAUGGACGAGGGCAUGGAGAGGUCUAUAGACAUGCAGAUCAGCAGAGCCAGAGAGGAGGUGAGGCUCCUCGGCAAAUCAGCGCAUCAGCCCCUAGACUCUCGAUAUAGUAGCAUUCAAAGGGAGAGUCUCUCCUCGGGCUCAGUGGUGGCUUCCUACCCAGUGUCCAAGAACUCUGGCCCUCUAGAGCAGAGCUACCCGACAGUUGAAAGUGUCAGUAGCUCCUCGGACUGGUUGUCAAACUACAAAAGGCCAAGUGCAGAUGAACCCUCAAAAUGUUAUGCAUCGUCUGCCUCGUCAAACUAUGCAAGCAAUGUUGAUGGUAGGUUCAAUGCGGCCAGUGAAAGACCGCGUGAUAGGCCGUCCAUUCCAGGGUUGGGUGAUUUCGACAAAGCAGCUCCGGACCCCAGAGCGCCCACUCGACAACACAAGUACACCUCUGAAUCAGCUUCUAACAUACUGGUGCAUUUUGGACUUGAAAAAGAUGACUUGGAACAUCUCAUCUCGUACCCUGAAGACCAGAUCACCCCUGCCAACCUGCCGUUCAUCUUGCGGCAAAUUCGCCUUGAGAAGACCAAGAAAGCUACAACUGCGGCUCCAUCAAAACCCUGCCCCGAACCCCCACCCUACAGAAUGACUCAUUCCAGAGGGGCCGGGAUGCGCCAGGAGGAAAUGCCCCCGGCCGGCCGGCAUUCAAGUAAUGUGAUUGACUAUGGACACACAGGCAAAUAUACCGGAGGGGUUGGGGAAGGGAUUGGAAGGACCAGUGGAGAUACCAGUGGUGGGAGUGGAGGUAUGUCGAAGAUGGACACUUCCGAUAGCAGCGGACACGCUCGAGAACCACAGCAAAAGCCCGAGUUGAAAAGCAUUGCGUUGGGUUUUUCUCGUGACCAGGCGACUUUGGUUUCCAGUUUCAGCUCUUUGCACAGUACAACGCCGAGCUCUGUUGCUCCCCCGAGCAACGACCCGACCAAACGAGUGCAAACCCACGCAAUCGUCAGCCCUUUCCAUCUCAAAGACGCAGACGUCAGGGUUGUCAAGUCGGAAGCCCCCAAGCCCGUUCCAAUGAAAGAGCCACAGGCGGAUCGGCAGUCAUCAAUGAAAACCCAACCGGCCCCCACUCUGUACCGCUGUUUGCAUCCCAGCAGACCGAGUCUGGUGCUCCUUGGCAGUAACAAUGCCAGUGACGAUACCAACCAGAGUAAAACCCCAGGACCACCGUCAGCCGUUGCAGAGCAGAUGAAAAAACAGCAGCAGAUGCAGAAGCAGAAGCAGCAGAUGCAGGUGCAGCAGAUGCAGGUGCAGCAG